CGAAGCCAUCUGAAUGCUAAGCCAAGGCAGAAUGCUAACAGGGUAGCAACUUCAGUGGUGGUGUUUAUUCUUAAGCCCUCAGGCAGCCAGACUGCCCUAGGCAAAUCUUGAUAAAAUAACCCUUUUCUAGGUUUUUAGUUAAGGAAUCCUAAGAAGACCUGCGAAUGGAGAGACAGCAAGUGUCAGAGAAGGACAGGUAUCAGUUUCAACACGAGGGAGCAGUGGAGCUGCUUGUCUUUAAUUUUUUGCUCAUCCUUACCAUUUUGACAAUCUGGUUAUUUAAAAAUCAUCGAUUCCGCUUCUUACAUGAGACCGGAGGGGCGAUGGUGUACGGCCUCAUAAUGGGAUUAAUCAUACGAUAUGCUACGGCACCAACUGAUAUUGAAAGUGGAACUGUAUAUGAUUGUGGAAAACUGGCCUUCAGUCCAUCAACUCUGCUGAUUAAUAUCACUGACCAAGUUUAUGAAUAUGAAUAUAAGAGAGAAAUAAGCCAGAACAACAUCAAUCCCCACCAAGGCAAUGCUAUCCUAGAAAAGAUGACAUUUGAUCCAGAAAUCUUCUUCAAUGUUCUGCUGCCACCAAUUAUAUUUCAUGCAGGAUAUAGCCUGAAGAAGAGACACUUUUUUCAAAACUUGGGAUCUAUUUUAACAUAUGCCUUCUUGGGAACUGCCAUCUCCUGUAUGGUCAUAGGGUUAGUUAUGUAUGGCUUUGUGAAGGCUAUGGUAUAUGCUGGCCAGCUGAAAAAUGGAGACUUCCAUUUCACUGACUGUCUGUUUUUUGGUUCACUGAUAUCUGCUACAGAUCCAGUGACCGUGCUGGCCAUCUUCCACGAGCUGCACGUGGAUCCUGACCUGUACACACUCUUGUUUGGAGAGAGUGUGCUGAAUGAUGCAGUGGCCAUAGUCCUCACAUAUUCUAUAUCCAUGUACAGUCCCAAGGAAAAUCCAAAUGCAUUUGACGCUGCGGCAUUCUUCCAGUCCGUGGGGAAUUUCCUGGGAAUCUUCGCCGGCUCAUUUGCAAUGGGGUCUGCAUAUGCUGUUGUCACGGCACUAUUGACCAAAUUCACCAAACUGUGCGAGUUCCCUAUGCUGGAAACAGGCCUGUUUUUCCUGCUGUCUUGGAGCGCCUUCCUGUCAGCGGAGGCCGCCAGCCUAACAGAGAGAAAGAACUUAUUUAACUACUUGAUAGUAAAAUGUAUCAUCAGUUUUAUCCUAUGGAUAGUCGCUGUUCUCUUCUGUGGAGUCACACAGGCACAUUAUACCUACAACAAUCUGUCAUCGGAUUCCAAAAUGAGGACUAAACAGUUGUUUGAAUUUAUGAACUUCUUGGCUGAGAACGUUAUCUUCUGUUACAUGGGCCUGGCGCUGUUCACAUUCCAGAAUCAUAUCUUUAAUGCUCUUUUUAUACUUGGAGCCUUUCUAGCAAUUUUUGUUGCCAGAGCCUGCAACAUAUAUCCCCUCUCCUUUCUCCUGAAUCUGGGCCGAAAACAGAAGAUCCCCUGGAACUUUCAGCACAUGAUGAUGUUUUCAGGUCUGCGAGGAGCGAUAGCAUUUGCCCUCGCUAUCCGGGACACAGAGUCUCAACCCAAGCAGAUGAUGUUCACCACCACGCUGCUGCUCGUGUUCUUCACAGUCUGGGUGUUUGGAGGGGGGACGACCCCCAUGCUGACUUGGCUUCAGAUCAGAGUUGGUGUGGACCUGGAUGCAAAUCUGAAGGAGGAGCCCUCUUCACACCAGGAAGCUAAUAACUUGGAUAAAAGCACGACAAAAACGGAGAGUGCUUGGCUCUUCAGAAUGUGGUACGGUUUUGACCAUAAAUACCUGAAACCAAUUUUAACCCACUCUGGUCCUCCGCUGACCACAACGUUGCCCGAAUGGUGUGGUCCAAUUUCCAGGCUGCUCACCAGCCCUCAGGCCUAUGGGGAACAGCUGAAGGAGGAUGAUGUGGAAUGCAUCGUAAAUCAGGACGAACUGGCCAUGAAUUACGAGGAACAAGCCACCUCACCCUCCAGUCCUCCUGCAAGGCUGGGUCUGGACAAGAAAGCUUCGCCCCAGACUCCAAAGAAGGAGAACAUUUAUGAGGGGGACCUCGGCCUGGGAGGCUAUGAACUCAAGCUUGAGCAAACUCCAGGUCAAUCCCGGCUGAAUUAAUGGGCAUGAGAAGUGCAGACGUAAUCACAAGUUACGUCUACAGGGCUCACUGAGGAAUACAAGCCAAACUGGCAAGGCAAUUCAGAGCAGAGGCUGGAAAAUAUAUCAAGAGCAUAAAUUAGAGAGAAUCAAAACCUUGUCAUAUGUAUCCUCUGGUGCCUGAAAAAAUGAGAAUUUAUUAUCGUCCCUCUAUAUUAUGCAACUGAAUUUCAGUUUUGACAGCAGCCAUUCUUAUUAAUGAAUUGGGCAGGGUGGAAAAGGUGGAGAGGGGAGGAAGCCAGGAGUCCAGCUGCUGUAGACACAGAGACACGCGCUCUGUGUCUGCAGGGUGUUUAUUCUCUGCAUGCAGCACUUGGCCCUUCACUUAAAUUUUUGGAUUUUAUUCACAUCAUUAGGGAAGAGUCUAAACAUAAGAAAAAGAGUUUCCGAGCAGAACAUAUUGCUCCUAAGCCGAAGGGAAUGCCCACUUAUUUAGUAAGUGAUAAGGUUUACAUUUUUAGGACCUAGACUCCCACGUGCACUUACGGGGCUAUUUGCUGAGCUCAGAUCAGUGCUCGGUACCCCUGCUGACAGCCUCACCGAACCCACGCCACAGGAAACCCACUCUUCUCAUUAGCACCCUUUCCGAGCUGCUUCUCCUAUUGAAUGAAGGGGUUGGUUACAGUUGGCUGUACCCUGCACUAAAUGCAACUUUGCUUUCCAACUUGGUAGGACCCCUUUCCAGGGAAAGCUGGUUUCUUUUCCCCAUACCAUGUUUCACCUGAAGAAUGAGCCUUCUUGUCCUUGCUUGCAUUUGAGUCUUUCUUUGGGUCGUUAGUGGGUCCCCUCUGCAUGCUGGGUAAUGAGAUUCCGCAGCAUAGAUUGCUCUCUACAUGGCAGGAGACGGUGCAGGAGCCCUGACCUGUCCUCCGAUUCCACUCGCAGCUGGUUAGCAGCACAGGAGCCGGAGUGGGAGCAGCAGAGCUGAUGACAUGGACCACGUCAUCAUUGACUCCCCUUACAAGACGUGACCCAUGACCCCAGACAGAGAGACCAACACAAUAGCUUUUAAUGCAGCUGCAUGACCAGUGCCUUUAAGCUAUACAGAUACCUCAAGCCUAGCUUCUCCUGAAAUACAGAGGUGACAUUAGACUCCAAGAAGCAAGCUCCACAUGCCCAGGCCAUUAGGAGUCUGCUUCAGGGAGGUAGGGAAUGACAUCUUCCUGGGACCCAGAGCUUGGGAGUGACAUAUGCUUUGCUGACCAGUUGUUAGGCCUUAAACGUUAACCAUGGUGGUGUCGGGCACACUGCUACACAUAUCAAUUUUCUUGGUUUCCAAACAGCAGGAUCUAGGGGCACAAACUGCUUUGUACUCAGCUAAAUAUAAUCUGGUCAUUCCAGGUAAAUAUGGCAAAUGGUGAAGCAUGAACUUUUCUAAUUUGAUUUAAUCCUAA